GUUGUUGUUAGGGACACGGACUGAACCUGCACCAUGCCCGGAAGACGCCUCUCCCGCCGCUCGCCUGUGACUCCCCCGCACCGCGGCCGUCUCGGGGAGCGAGGCGACAGCCCCGAGCCCAAGGACCAGAGGGUGCUGGCCGCGCUGGAGGGCUUGUCUCGGCAGAUGGCGGAGUUCGCCGACGAUUUAAACCACAAGCUGGACGAAGUGAACAUCACGCUGCUGGCGCUGGACGAGAGGAUGACCGCGGUGGAGAGCAAAGUCCACGGCGAGCACUGUGUGCUGUCGCUGAAGCGGAAAAGACGCGCGCACAACCCCAAGAUUGCGGAAACUGUGCGACGUCUUCACAACUCUGAGUCAAACGUCUGGCGCUACCAGCCGGAGGAAGGUCUGAGCUCCCCGCACAACGAGGCAGUCACCGAGCACUUGUUCGAAGCUCUCGCUGCAACUCCGUGUUUGCACGGUGUGCCAAAUGACGUCAUACUAUCUGCAUGUAAGACGUAUUACGAGACCUUGCGAAGGAACUUCCGCUACAGCCAACCGGACCUUGUGGAUCAGGCAGCCGCAUUGAAAAGCACGGCCCGGAGCCGACAGAGAAGGAAGAGGCUGCUUGAAGCCAGGGAGAGUGUCCUGCUGGCAGAUGAGCUGGAGUUCUGGAGGUGCACCACCAUUGACAUGAUGUCGGACGAGGAGGACGGCGAGUGUGAGGGGGCGUCCGGCUGGGUGGUGAGGUGUCCAUCGUUCCGCAGCCAGGAGCUCACCGACCUGUGCGCCACACUUCAGACUCGACUAGAGGCGUGUCCCAAGUACGCGGCCACUCACCACAGGCGUCUCACGGGGGACAAUUCGGAACGAGUGCCACCUAGAACGUACGACCGAAUGGCGGCCGUGAGACAUUUCAAGCCCCACAUGAUACCCAAGUUCCGUCUGUAGGCCUGUUUGUUCUCUUCACUGUCUGUUCCAGUUGUGUUUGUGCACUUAGCACUGUGUAAAUAAAAUUUUGAUUCAACAUAUAGUCCCAAAACGAUUAAUAUUCACAUUAUCGAUGAUAGUGUAGCCAAACGGAUAACAGUUCAAGCCGGAGGAUUCACCACUAUUAUUAUGCUGAUAAGACAGCACCUGCUAAUUGGACCCCUCCCACCCUUGUGAUUGUGAUAUAGGAGAUGCAUUUACUUACAAAUUCUAAUGAGGAGAAGAGGGUGUGAACAAAUUCAGGAGCGCUGGGAUUACUGAUCUGGCCAUUGAGCUCCCCCUGGAAAAUAAAACAUGGACACAUACAGAACGUCACAGAGAGACCAGGAAUACACAAACGUGAUGAAUGCAGCAUGUAUGAUGACUGUAUGUAAAUAUGAUAAACGACACGCACCAGAAGGUUGAAACCACUUUUGAUCUUAUGGAGACACUCUGCAAAUUCUUCAGCAGGAGGCAUACCAUCCAUGACUGGGACAAAUCCAAAAGUUUAAUGUUAAGAUUAGUGGUAGAUCAUAAUGUAAAUAUGCUGAGAUCGAGAAAUUACCUUUCCCUUUUUUCUUCUUCUUUUUCUUUCCAUUUUUUGCCACGGCCGCAGAGACUUGUCCCAUGAAGGUUUCAAUGUCACUUAGAAUAUGAUUUAAAAUAUCCUGGAAAGAAAAAAAAAGUCACUAUUGUCCUUAUUUAUUCAAAUAUACUUUGCAUAAAAGUACUACUACUAUUACUGCUGCUAGUACUACAGGUGGUAUAAUGAUAAUUAUAAUAAAAAUUGCUUUGUCCACACUG